CCCUUCUCUCCCGAAGCCCCAGCUGUCAGUGCUGUGAGAGUGCGCGUGUGCUCCGGAGCUCGCCUCGGCACACAUUAUAUAAAAAAUUAAAAAAAUACAAAAAAAAUUAAAAACUUUUAAAAAUUCCAAAAAAUCCUUUUUUUUUUUUCUUUUUAAACUAAAACUCGGUGAAGUGGGAUCAGGAGGCCUUGAAACAUCUCAACAACCCUGAAAAAAUAACGGCAGUCUGUAAGCUCGCGAGGGCCUAGCGGUUUGCGUGAUUCGCGGUUUUGGAUUUUAAGUGUUACGUAUUUUAAAAUUCCAGUUAACCUAAAUAUUGGUCAUUUUAAACGAAACGGAGAGUCUUCUUUUAGCCUGUGUAGGUUAUCCUGACGGCUAACGUCACGCGCUAGCGCCAAGAAACACGUGAAAACCUGCGAGCCGAAGAGAAAAAUGAACCCCAGCGCUCCCAGUUACCCCAUGGCCUCGCUGUAUGUUGGAGACCUGCACCAGGACGUGACUGAAGCCAUGCUCUACGAGAAGUUCAGCCCGGCCGGUGCCAUCCUGUCCAUCCGGGUGUGCAGGGACAUGAUCACGCGCAGGUCGCUCGGCUAUGCCUAUGUCAACUUCCAGCAGCCCGCGGACGGUGAGCGCGUGCGGAAUGAUGACACUGACGCUUAUUGAAAAAUACAUGCAGAUUUGUGUAGGUUGCGUGCUUCUGCAUCUCAGCCGUAUGCUGCACGCGCGUCUGGGUUUGUAUCCAUUUACCAUUUACCAUUUACCAUCAAGAACCUGGACAAGUCUAUUGAUAAUAAAGCACUUUAUGACACCUUCUCUGCCUUUGGCAACAUCCUGUCCUGCAAGGUGGUUUGUGACGAGAAUGGCUCAAAGGGCUACGGCUUUGUACACUUUGAGACCCAGGAGGCCGCGGAAAGAGCCAUUGAGAAAAUGAACGGCAUGUUGCUGAAUGACAGAAAAGUGUUUGUAGGGCGCUUCAAAUCUCGCAAGGAGAGGGAGGCUGAGCUCGGCGCAAGAGCCAAAGAAUUCACCAACGUGUACAUCAAAAACUUUGGGGAAGAUAUGGAUGAUGACAAACUCAAGGACGUCUUCAGCAAAUAUGGGACUGCUAUGAGCAUCCGUGUCAUGACCGAUGAAAACGGAAAGUCCAGAGGAUUCGGGUUUGUGAGUUUUGAGAGGCACGAAGACGCACAAAGGGCUGUGGAUGAAAUGAACGGCAAGGAACUCAACGGGAAGCUCAUCUAUGUUGGUCGUGCUCAGAAAAAAGUGGAGCGGCAAACUGAGCUCAAGCGCAAAUUUGAACAGAUGAAGCAGGACCGCAUGACUCGCUACCAGGGUGUCAAUCUCUACGUGAAGAACUUGGAUGAUGGCAUUGAUGACGAGCAUCUUCGUAAAGAGUUCUCUCCCUUCGGUACAAUCACCAGUGCCAAGGUACAAUUUAAAGGCUUUGGGUUUGUCUGUUUCUCUUCCCCUGAGGAAGCCACUAAAGCCGUGACUGAGAUGAAUGGCCGUAUUGUGGCCACUAAGCCACUGUAUGUGGCUCUUGCUCAGCGCAAAGAGGAGCGGCAGGCCCAUCUCACCAACCAGUACAUGCAGAGGAUGGCCAGUGUCCGUGCAGUGCCAAACCCCGUUAUCAACCCCUACCAACCUGCACCUCCAUCAGGAUACUUCAUGGCUGCCAUUCCACAGGCCCAGAACAGAGCUGCGUAUUACCCUACCAGUCAGCUCACCCAGCUCAGACCCAGCCCCCGCUGGGCCACACAGGGCGUCCGGCCUCAGCACUUCCAAAACAUGCCAGGCACAAUGCGCCCAUCUGCCCCCAGACCUCAGAGCUUCAGCACCAUGCGUCCUGCGUCUCAGGUGCCCCGGAUGAUGUCCACUCAGCGUGUUUCUGCUCAGGCCAUGGGUCCACGACCCACAGCUGCGGCGGCUUCUGCUCCUCCAGUGCGUGGCGUACCACAGUACAAAUACACACCCAGUGUCCGCAGCCCCCAGCAGCACAUGAACACACAGCCUCAGGUUACCAUGCAGCAGCCUGCUGUGCAUGUGCAAGGACAGGAACCGCUGACGGCCUCCAUGCUCGCCGCUGCUCUGCCACAGGAACAGAAGCAGAUGCUGGGUGAGCGUCUCUUCCCACUUAUCCAGAAUAUGCAUCCCAGCCUGGCUGGCAAGAUCACCGGUAUGCUGCUGGAAAUCGACAACUCGGAGCUCCUCCACAUGCUGGAGUCUCCAGAGUCCCUGCGCUCCAAGGUUGAUGAGGCGGUGGCCGUACUCCAGGCUCACCAGGCUAAAGAAGCCGCUCAGAAGACCGUGAGCAACUCUACAGGCGUGCCAAGCGUCUAAGGCAAGGGGGACCCAACCUUGCAUCUUCACCGAGAGGAAAAAGUAAACAUUGAAAAAAAACUGAAAACAUCGCAAAAAAUGGAAAACGAUAUUUAAAAAAAGAAACUAGAAAGAGCCAGGUCUAGAGACAAGCAUUCUAGGCCUAGUUAAGGUAUUUAAAAAAAAAGGAAAAAAAAAACUUCUUCCACAGUAUGGGGAAUAAACGGCUGUAAAGCAUUCCCGCCUUGUUUUAAUGCUUUUUAAAGCCUGGCUAUGUCAUGUUCUUAGUAGGGAGGUGAGAACUGACUGAACCAGCAAUGUGAAGUUAUGUUAAAUUGAAAAUAUGCUUGCUCAAAGUUCAUUAAAAAGUGUGUGAGUGUC